GACAGGUCGACGUAUCCGUGACGUACCAGACCGAGAGUAGAACGUACGUCCGCGACGGUUUCGGCAAGCUGAAACGUCAUUACAAUUUAAGAUCAUUCUCCAAGUACAAACGUGCAAAUUGUUAGGUAAUCUUCUGAUACGGGCGAUAGGCUGGUGGUUGAUAACAAUUCUCUUUAAAUUUAUUAAAUUUGUAAGUACGCUAGGCUGAGAAAUGAAUUUGCGUAAACUUAUCCAUAAUUUUCUAUAGUUGCCGUCGUUAUUUGGAUUUAAGCGGUCAUCGACGAUUAAUCACCUAGUUUGAGGUUAAGUCAUAUCUGCAAACCUGCUGAACAGGGUGAUUGGGAGUGAAUUCAUCUCAAUCGAUGAUAGGUAGACAAAUGUAAGUGGGUUAAAUUUAACAUGCGAUUAGCUACUAAUAAAUUGAUUACAGCUUUUAGCACUUCGAACACCACGACAGGGUGUCAGCUCAAAGGAUCGCCUUUCAUUUACCCCAACAUAAUCUAAAAGAUUUAUGUCGAUAUGGCCCAUGUACCGACCGCAGAGUGGGGAUUUCAAAAGCGGUUCAAUCUGGAAUCCACGAGCAAGAUUCGAAAGUUAUCGCCAUUUAUGGAUGACGCCGGCGUGGUGCGCAUGGAGAGCAGAAUCGUUGCGGCCGAUUUCGUGCCGUUCGACACUCGGUACCCCAUCAUCAUGCCAAAGGACCACACGGCGACGAAGUUGCUGAUCGACUGGUACCACCGGAAAUAUCUGCACGGGAACUGCGAAACGGUGGAAAACGAGCUGAGACAACGAUUUCACGUGCCGAAUUUGCGGACGGCUGCCCGCAAAGCGAAGAACGACUGCCUGCUGUGCCAGUUGAAAGCGAAGGUUCCGGUCGUCCCGCGGAUGGCUCCACUACCUGCUGCCAGGCUGAAGGCGUUCGAGCGACCUUUUUCGUACGUGGGCGUCGAUUACUUCGGACCUGUUGCAGUGCGGGUGAACCGCACCACCGCUAAAAGAUGGGUGGCGCUGUUCACAUGUCUGACAACGCGCGCCGUGCACCUGGAGGUCGUCCACUCGCUCUCCGCCGAGUCGUGCAAGAUGUCCUUUCGACGGUUGAUCGCCAGAAGAGGCGCGCCUGUGGAGAUCUACAGCGAUCGUGGCACGAACUUCGUCGGAUCCAGCAACGAGUUGCAGAAGGAGAUGAAAGUCGUCGAGGAGAAGCUCGCCGAAACCUUCACCAACGCAACCACAAAGUGGGUGUUCAACCCGCCUGCCUCCCCUCACAUGGGAGGCGCGUGGGAGAGACUCGUGCGUUCGGUGAAAACGGCGCUGGCAGCAAUGAACACAGCGAGGCUGCCCAACGAAGAGACGCUGGCGACGCUGGUGGCAGAAGCUGAAAGCAUCGUGAAUUCCCGGCCGCUGACGUGGAUCCCGCUGGAAGCUGGACAUCAGGAAGCGCUAACACCAAACCAUUUCCUGCUACUGAGCACGAGCGGUGUGGUGCAGACGCAGAAAACGUUGGCCGACUCCAAGGACGCUUGCCGUAACCAAUGGAACCUGAUGCGGGUGAUAAUCGACCAGUUUUGGCGCAGAUGGGUUCGGGAGUACCUGCCGGACCUGACGCGGCGAACCAAAUGGCACGAGGAAACACCGUGCGGAAUGGUUGGAUCCGGGGACGUGUGGCGGAAGUGGUCGUGGGCCGCGACGGUCGAGUUCGUCAGGCUGUAG